GCAAUGGUCCCAUCAAACCCCGAGAAGACAAUCCGCAAAAUUGACAUCGCUCAGGUGUCGCUCAACCUCCAGGACCGUCUCGGGCUCGCCAAAGUCAAGUACCAGAAUGGUCGGCUACCCUCGCGUCAGAACGGUGGACUGCAUAUCUCUCUAGGCUUGGGAAGCAGCGACAAACCCUCCGAUUCCUCCUCCGAUAUUUCCAACAGCCGUUGCGAGACGCCUCUGACCUCCCCCCUGCGAGCCUCGUCCUAUUCCUACUCGAAGGAACUCCCUCGCUCGUCCAGAAAUAGACAUGCAGUCACCUUCAACUCCAGGGUCAUGCAGCCCAUGCUCUCUGCCAGUCGAAAACGCCUCCGGUCUGAUUCGGCCGCAGACAUCGACCGUCCGGCAAAAGCGUCCCGGGCGUCGUGGAAGCGCUCGCAUCAAUUGCCCGAGUCGUCUCCUGGGUUCCGUCGUCAUACCAGCACUCGCCGCGGUCGAAACAAUCUCCCGCUCAUUUCAGAGACGGCUCCCAUCCCAGAGCUUUCCUCUCCAGGGCCAGGGUACCACGCCCACUCGGACGAUGAAAAUGAUCUGGAUCUUCCUGUUCACAGCUUUCAAGUGAGCUCCGUCGUGGGCUCCUCACCACCUCGCACUCCGCCGCCGAAGCAUUCCUCUCUAUCACGAAAUGACCGCAACCUCCGCCACGAGGACGGUGCAGACCUUCUUCUGUAUCUAGCCAACUCGCCCACUCCAGCCAGAGUCGCGAACAAACCCCAGCCGCAAGAGUUCCCUCCUUCCACGCCGCCCAGUCAACAUGCCGCCCUCCCAUCCUUGACCCCGACUCCAGGCGGAGGGUUGUUCCCCAACUUCGGCACACCGAACCAGCAAUUCAAUUUUGCAGACUUUGUCAACGUGACUCCCAGUCCUGCCCAACCCGCCUGGGGUGGCCGAACACCUGGCGGGCUCGCCCGGACCCCGCUGGCAUCUAAAGACGUUCGGAGGCGAUCCAACCUGGAUAACCUCCUGCCACCAGGACUCGACAGCCCUAAAAUCCGCGAGAAAAGGCCGAGCGCUGUUCUGCAGCUAGGCGGCGAGCUACGGCCAUAG